AUGAGCGAAUACGGAUACGGCAGGAGGGGUGGAUCAGAUCAGAGACGUUCAAGAAGCAGAGGUGACGAUGACAAUUACGAUGAUCGAGGAAGAAACACCCUACAGCGUCUGGAUAGUAUUCAAGACCCUGGAAAACGUUACCUUCUCAGGGAGUGCAUAGGAUCUGGUGUCUGUGGAGACGUUUACGAAGCCAUCGAUCAGCAAGCAGGAAACAAGAAGGUUGCUGUGAAGGUGCAAAAGCUUACACCUGAAUCGCAGUCUCUGAUCAUCGAGGAAUACAAAGUCCUUCGGGAUUUCGCAACCCACCCAAACCUGCCAGACUUUUAUGGAAUCUAUCGUAGGAGAUCCGGCAAGAAGACCGAGUACGAUCAAAUAUGGUUCGUGAUGGAGCUUUGCGACGGUGGAACUGUGAUGGACCUCGUUCACGGCCUGUUAUCCAAGGACAAGAAGAUGCGCGAGGAGCAUAUAGGUUUCAUCUUGAGGGAAGUGAUCCAGGCGAUGGCCUUUCUGCACGAGAACAACGUGAUGCACCGUGACAUACGUGGCAAUAAUAUCGUGCUGACGAGGGAGGGUGAAGUGAAGCUGGUCGAUUUUGGAUUGUCGAGGAUGGUUCAAAGUGAAAUGGGUAAACGUUACACGUGUAUCGGAUCGCCGUGUUGGAUGGCACCGGAAGUGGCAGCGAGCAAAGGGAACACAUCGGAUGCCGGUUAUGGAAACCGCGCAGACGUUUGGGCGGUCGGUAUCACCGCGAUCGAGAUAGCUGACGGGAAACCACCGUUUCAGGACAUGCAUCCAACCAGAGCGCUUUUUCAAAUCGUUCGCAAUCCCCCGCCAAAUUUGUACAGACCCUCGAAUUGGUCGCAAAAUUUCAACGACUUCAUUGCCGAAUGUCUCGAGAAGAAUCCGGAAAACAGACCGUACAUGGCGGAAAUAGCCGAGCAUCCUUUUCUAGCCGAUAUACCCGAGGACGAUUUUCUGAUGACGAAAGAGAUCAAGAUACUGAUGAUGGACGUUGGUACGAAAGGUAGACAGGAAAGGAGACCGGAAGUGAUAGUUCGAAAGGGUUUCCUAAAGACCCAUCAAACGGAUCCUCUGGAGCCUAUGUUUAUGGAAGAUCUCGCGGCACUCGAGACACUCACGGAGGACGCGAUUUUGGACGAACUGCACGAACGAUUGCGGCAAGGUUAUUACCAUAGUUUCAUCGGUGAUAUCCUGUUGAUUUUAAAUCCGAACGAGAAACAGGACAUUUAUGGGUCUGAUUAUCACACCAAGUACCAGUGCAAAUCUCGAUCGGAUAACGCGCCUCACAUAUUCUCGGUAGGAGAUAGCGCUUUUCAGGAUGUGCUGCACAACGAAGAGCCUCAACACAUCCUAUUAGCCGGAGAGAGUAAUUCAGGAAAAACGACGAACAUGUUGUAUCUCAUAGAGCAUCUGAUGUAUCUGGGAAAGAGCCUGCAAGAUACCGGUGCUAGGCUGAUGAAAGCUAUAAAGGUGCUUCACGCGUUCAGCAACGCUGCCACGCCGCUAAAUCCUAAUUCGACCAGAUGCGUGUUGCAAAUACAAACCACCUACGGAUCGUCUGGCAAAGCGUCCGGUGGCAUAUUUUGGUUGUAUCAGCUGGAAAAAUGGCGUGUUUCUACUCGCGACAGAAACCAAUCGAAUUUUCACGUGUUCUACUAUUUUUACGACGGUCUCGACGCCACGAACAAAUUGAAACAGUACAAUCUACCGGCCGGAAGAAGGAUGAGGUAUCUUCGAAUUAGCGAGAAGGGAACGGAAAGGAAACGAUCGUUUAAAGUUAGGAACGAUCCACGCGGGAACGUGGUCAAGUUCGAAGAGCUGAAGGAGAAUCUAAAAAUCUUAGAGAUGGAUGAGUAUUGUGAAACGAUAUGGAAGGUGAUGGCGGCGAUUUUGACUUUGGGAGAGAUUCGAUUCGUCGAAGGUAACAACGGAGAGGCUGAUAUGGAUAACAACGACGCGGCUAACAGAGUGGCUCAACUGCUGAAUCUGGACGAAAAGAAGUUUAUCUGGGCGUUGUUAAAUUACUGUAUAAUUAGCGGUGGCGCCGUGGUGCGCAAAAAGCACACCUGCGAUGAAGCGAAAGAGGCAAGAGACGUGCUAGCAAACACGAUUUACCAGAGAUUAGUUGACUGGAUAGUAAACACCAUCAAUCAUAAAUUCACGGUCACUCGUACUUUAUUUGGAGACAAAUAUGUGAUCAACGUGAUGGACCUGUUUGGAUUCGAGUGUUUCGCGGUGAAUCGAUUGGAACAGCUGAUAGUAAACACCAUGAACGAACAGAUGCAGUGCUAUUACAAUCAAAGGGUGUUCGCCUGGGAAAUGCAAGAGCAAGAGGAAGAAGAUAUACCCGUUCAACGUUUACACUUUUACGACAACAAGGACGCGAUAGAUCAUCUAAUGAGCAAGGACAGAGGUUUAUUCAGCGUGAUCGACGACGCGUCGAAGCAUAUGCUCGAUUAUCAGUACAUAAUGAAUAAACUGGAACAACGUGCGGAGAACGUUUAUAUAAAAGCAGCGAGCUCUCACGAGUUCACCGUAGCUCAUUACACGGGCAAAUUGAUUUACGACGCUAGCGAAAUGGCCGAGAAGAAUCGUGACUUCAUACCGCCGGAAAUGAUCGAAACGCUCAGGCAAUCUAGUAUCGAGACCAUGAAGGAAAUGUUCACGAACAAGCUGACGAAAACCGGAAACCUGACCAUCGUCGUCGAGCAUCCGAAGGUCGCUGAUAAAAAGACGAGCAAAGGAAAGUGGGGCGCGCUUAUGCAGGAAACGGCGAAACCGAAGAGAUAUAACACCGCAUCCCGAGGGCAAUACUCGCAGACACGGAAAAUGAGAACGUCCGCGGCUACCUUUAAAUCCACCAGCCUUGAAAUCCUUAAGAACCUUUCGACAGGUAGCGGAAGUGGUGGUAUCCAUUUUAUCAGGUGCAUCAGAUCCGAUCUCGAGGGGGCGCCUCGUGGCUUUUAUCGCGAGGUAGUUAGGCAACAAAUCAGAGCGUUGGCUAUUCUCGACACUGCCAAAGCCAGGCAACGUGGCUACCCGCACAGAAUAAGCUUUCCAGAAUUUCUUCGAAGAUAUCAAUUCUUAGCGUUCGAUUUCGACGAAAACGUCGAAAUCACGAAAGAUAACUGCCGACUAUUAUUGAUCCGAUUGAAAAUGGAAGGUUGGGUGAUAGGGAAAACGAAAGUGUUUCUGAAGUAUUACAACGAGGAGUACCUGUCGCGUUUGUACGAAACGCAGGUGAAAAAGAUAGUAAAAGUUCAAUGUAUGAUGAGAGCGUUUUUAGCACGUAAAAGCAUGGCAUCGAAAAUCACGUCGACCGUAAAGAAAGAAGUCGUGAAGAAAGCGUCUAUAAAGAAGAAAGAAGCGUCGGUGGAACUGUCGGAAGAUCAGGCAGCGGUAAUGAUUCAGAAAGCAUACAGGGGUCAUGCAGUGAGGAAGGAGAUGGCGCCUCAACUAGGGAAAGGCCCGAUGGAUCCGCAAAUGAUGGACAUGAUGAAGUUUUACAGCAGCAAAUGGAGAUCGAAGAGUAUAUUCCAAGUCCUCCUACGUUACCGUGCAGCCCGGUAUCAAGACCUCGUGCAAUUCUCGCAACAAGUUCAUCUGUUCAAUCAAGCGAUAGUGGGAAGUCUGACGCAGACGAAUAAUCAAAUAUCCUUAGACAAAGUGGAGCCUAACGUUUCCGCGUCCGUGUACUUAGGCCACAUGAGACCACCCGAAGUGCACAAGUUACCCUUCAACUUUUAUAACGAGUUACCCAUCCCGGAUUCGAGCAUGGGGAUGGGUCUGGGAUCCGCGUCAUCGGCGUCUGACGAUGAGCACGAAGCCUGGGACGCGCCAUUACGGAGACAAACGGUGCCUUGGGCCAACAGGAACACUCGUACCAGAGACGUCGAGGUUCAAACAACGAACUCGCCACAUCGAGUGGCGAAUUCAGGCGCCGAGGGACAGAGUCUGAUCAACACUCCGUUUUCCAGAGACCCGAAUAUCUCGGUCCGAUGUCCACCGGAAGAAUCAGCCCGAAGCAGAAUGGGUAACACCGGGUAUCAACAAGUUCCGAGCAACCGUAGUCCCGUACCAUCUGCUAACGCUCACAAUCCUCGCUCAAAUAAUUACGAUAGCACUGGGUCGAUACGCUCUAGAAAACACGCACCGCCACCGCCUAUUCCGUUCAAUCAGUCGCAACCACCCCCGACGCGUAGCACCGACAAUUACAGUUCGGACGCUCGAAGUAAAAGCAACGUAGACACCGGUAGCAACGAAUGGGAGUUCGAGGACAGAAUUAACAGAAACGCCGGCAAUGUUAAUCGUGUCAAUCCGAUACAGGAAUUGCAAAUGAUAGGUCGUAGGAACAACAAUGUCGGUAACGACGACGACGAGCCACCGUUCAAUUUUCAGGCGAUGCUGAGGAAAACCAGUCACCAUCGAGCAUCGAUGAAACGUACCCCCGUCUACGAUAGCUAUUCCCCGUCACCACUGCCAGGUUCCAGAUACCGUGGAACCCGCGAAAACGAGUCGAACGUUGUGUACAGAAGCGGAGGAAGUCGACGAGACUCCGCCGAGUGGAGUCCAAACGAGAUGGUAAGAAUGUCUGAGAAAUAUGGGAAAGAAGGAGCUUGGGGUGAGGAUCGACCCCACACGGGUGAACGAAGCAAAACGACUGCGGAGAGUGUCACCGCGGAGAUUGCUCCGGGAAUCGUUGUCGAAGGUUACGUCGCCGAAUUGUAAACAACGAACGUUUCCUUCCGAACACAAUUCGCGUGUAAACUGUGUCCCGUUCCAUUCGAUUACCAACUAAGAAUCCGGUAAUGAAAUAUACAAGUAAUGGGAAUAAUUUUUCUAAGUUUUCGGUACCGAUCGAAGAAGCGGGCAGCGACGAAAAAUAGGGAAACUUAUUUGUUAGAACGAUGGUACUCGGCGAAACAAACAAAGAACUCUUCUUACGUGUCGAAUCACGACAGAAAAACUGGACCCAGUUGGAAUUGCGAAUGUCGCAUAAGAAUAAAACAGAAUAAAACAGAUAGGAAGAGGAGGAGAAGAGAAAGAGAAGCUUGUAAAGAUACCUGCUGUAGAUGUCCCGAUGGAAACAAAUGCACGACUCGUAUGAUCGAAUUGAAUGAUUGAUACCCAAAAUCCACCAACGUUGCUGACUCGGAGAGAUUCUUUUUAUCCACAAAUAUGUACAUACAUUGUAUAUUUUUUUAGUGCUUUUCUCUUUGGGUUUUCCUUUUUCUAAACGAACACGAACGACUCGUCGAUACAACGCUUCUUUUGUAAUUUCUAUCUGCGCCUCGAGCGACCGUCAUGUCCGCAAUUCUUGUCCAAUGUACAAUAAUUUUUCACAGGUGAAUCAGAUUUCCAAAGACGUCCCUAUGUUCUCGAACAGUUAGCAAUGCUCCUUACCGACGCGCAGCAUUUCAUCGUCCUCUUUUUAUAUCGGUCACAUACGCAUUCGAUUAAGAUUCAGUCAAAUUUUCAUUCGCACGAUUACGAAAAAAUUGUGACAAAACGAGAAAACGAUUCCUGUUACCAUCCUGAUAAUUAGUACGACGAUACGCGAUUCUGUCGUGCUCUUAAAAGUGAUCAAGUUUCUAUUUCGAAUUCGAAACGAUGCUUCCGUACCCCUUUUAUAGCACGCAAUUCACAUUCAUCGAUGAAAUCGAAUUAUUAUCGAAAAGGUGCACCCAGCACGAUCGGUUCUAUUUAUUUGCAAAGCACGAAACUCCUCUCACUUUUACGAAGUUAAAUAUUUAUAAAAGUUUCAACCGACUGAUGCACGAUUGUCAAGAAUUUUAAAGAAUAAAGAGUUAAAAA